AUGUGUGAGCUGUGCGUCAUAGUGUUACGCACUUCUGAUCUCUCUCUCUCUCUCUCUCUCUCUCCACCAGCUGUUCUCUUUGUCCCAUUAGUGGGAAUUGUGGGAUCUGCCACUCUCUCACAGAAACUGGACAUUAUGGACAAGGAUACUAUUGAACAGGUCCACAGUUUAAUCAGCAACAUUUUAGAAGAUAUUCCAGCAACUCAUGCAGCCUGGAUAAACUCCAAGAGUUUCACACUGGACAAGAGUUCCGAUGAUCUGAAGUUUCUGAAGGACUCAAUGAUACCUACCACCCCUGAACUUGAGAGCUUCUCAGAUCAUUUCAGUCUGGAAAUCUGCCUUGCUCGUAUAGUGGAGGGACUGAAGUUACAUCUGAAUCUGUUAAAAGUGAUCAGCAAAGCACCCACACUGACCCAGACAGACGAGGUGCAAGAACUUCAAGCUGGAAUUCUAGACCUUCUGCACCUAAUUGUCGAGUUACAGAGUCAAGUGGGAUAUGAGCAGCCAAUGCAGACACCAGACAACCAGCUAAAGACCCUCGAGCACUGCCUGGCUGAACCUCUGAAAGAUGCCUACAAUGCUGUUGUGGCGGCUCAACUCACCUUGCAACAGCUACAGGUGUUCAGUUGCGAGGUGCUGCGCAGUAUCCUCAGUAUCCGCAGCAGGACCUCCAGCAUGCCUGUCUCAGCAGAACAUUGA